AUGACACCGGACCGAACAACUAUCCCGAUCAGGACCAGUCCCGUGGCUCAAACACAACCCUUGAAGCGUCACCAUUCGGCUAGCUACUAUGCUCACCGGGUCAAAGAAAGUCUCUCAACCCGAAUUUCUAAAUUCAUCUGCGCAAUCUUUCUAUUGGUCCUGUUCUUUGUAGGCAUCAUUGCUUUCAUACUUUUUCUCAGUUUACGCCCUCAUCGACCUCGGUUCCAUAUCCAUGACUUUGUGGUUCAAGGACUAGACCAGCCUAACGGAUUUGAAAACGCAAGAAUUGCUUUCAACGUAACCAUACUCAACCCGAACCAACACAUGGGUGUUUACUUUGAUGCAAUGGAUGGUUUCAUCUACUACAAAGAUCAACGUGUUGGAUCAAGCCCGUUGCUAAGCCCGUUUUUCCAGCAGCCGACUAACACAACAAUCGUGACCAGGACGCUUACUGGAGCUUCCUUAACGGUAAAUAGUCGCCGUUGGACUGAGUUUACUAAUGAUCGGGCUCUAGGAACGGUGGCUUUUAAGCUCGAUAUAGUUUCGAAUAUCCGGUUUAAGCUGUCUAGGUGGAUCAGUAAGCACCAUAGGAUGCACGCUAAUUGCAAUAUCGUGGUCGGACGAGACGGGUUGAUCUUGCCCAAGCUUAACCAUAAACGGUGUCCUGUCUACUUCACUUAG